AUGGACCAGGGAGAGUCUGCCCAGCUCAGCACGACGGUCAUGGACCACGACGAGCCCAUCCUGCUCAAUGGCAGCGUGAGCCACGAGGACGAGAUCCCUGAGGCGGCAACGAGUGCGCCAACAAGCCCCACAAGCCUGCAGGGCGCGUUCCACGACAGCAACGAUGUGAACGGCAUCGACGUGGACGGCAGCGACGAGGACCGCAUCGAUGUCAAUGGCAUCGACGUGGACCGUAUCGAUGUCAACGGCAUCGAGGUGGACCAUGUUGAUGUGAACGGCAGCGAUGAGGACCGCAUCGACGUGAAUGGCAUCGACGUAGACGGGCCCGUGGAUGGGCCCAUAGACGAGCCCGUAGUGACGAAUCCAGCGGCAGGCCUCAAUCUCAGGAUCUUGCUGCCCGAAGACUUUAGGGACCCGGAGAGGACCCGCCGCCUAAACAGUGCUGCCCGCACUCCGAGGGUGGAGCUGGCCGCUAACCCCUUCAUACCACAGUCGCUCACCGUCCCCGGAGGCCUACGCGCCCCUUCGCGUCGCUGGUAUGAGAUACACCGCCCCCGUCGUGUGCAGCCAGCCACAGAGGCGGUCCCUCGAAUGAUCGCACCCGAAAUCCCAGAACUGACCAUGGAGCUGAGCCCUCGGGCACAGGAACAGCAACAGGAGCAAGAGCAAGAGCAAGAGCAGGAACAACAGGAACAGGAGCAGGACCAGCAGCAGGCGACGACGACGACUACGGCGGCGGCUACGGCGGCAGAGGAGAGGGCAGGACGGCUGGCUGCAUAUGCGGCGCAUCUCGCCGAAGGCAGAAGGCUUUUUGCUGAGCUGUCGAUGGAAGAUCAAGAGCUCUUUGAGCUGUAUGAGUCGCAGCCGCGAAGGCGGUCGCGUCGUGGCUACAUGCAGGAGGCAAUCGAGAUCAUCGUUGCGACGGGAGACGCCUCGUCGACUUCGGCAGCCUGGCGCGAGGUCGGACCUACGACCAUCUGGAACAUGGCCGAGGAUCUGCGCCUAGAAGAGGUCCGAGUGGAGGACAGUCACGAUGGCGACGAAGAAGGAGAUGACGACGACGAUGACGACGACGACGACGACGAGCACUGCCCGUGGUUCGAAGACGCCUUCGGAUCGCCCACGAGCCUGGCCUGGGUCCAGCGGCUCCGCUACUCUCAGGCGAGCACGUCGACCAGGGCCGCCGACAAGCAGCGCGCGGCCGACAACGCGUCAGGAUCGUCCAGCGGCUGGCGGCGCGAGGUGGACAGAGGCGCAGCCUCGUCUAGCCUGGCCCAGAAGGUGUCUGUGGUCCAGUAUCCAAUUCCUGGUCUGAUCGAGCUGACGGGCGGAGACGGCCACCUCUGGUCGUGCGAAGGGUACAUGCAGCACGAGUCGGCUCGACGCGAGGCCCAGCCUGAGCCAAAUGUCAGCUUCGCCCUGCCGAGCGAGGGCGCCUCUUCGCGAUUCACGCCUCUCCCGAGGUCGAGGUCCGAGCCGCCGGCGAGCCCGAGCGCCCAGCCGGUGGGAGAGGGCGAUGAGAACAACAACAGCAGCAGCAACAGCAACAGUAAUCUUAACAAAAACAACAACAGUAGCAAACACGAGGAAGACGACGACGACGACGACGACAACGAUGAAUUGGAGGAGGAGGUGAAUGGCGUUCCUUCUCCCGCGUAA